UUGAAAACAGCCGCCAAUUCAGACAAACGCCGUGAAGAACGGAUGAAUAUUCUGAUAAUUGACCUGAAGCUUAGUUAAAAUAAGUGAACACAUUUUUAACAACGCUAAUGUGCUCUUGGAAUCCUAGCCAAUUAUUUAUAUGGAAAUUUUCUGACCGUAUCUUCGUCGAAAGAAGUUAAAAUUCCCUCUGCGCUUAGAUUUCACUCUCUUUUCCUCUUUCAUUGAGAUAUUUUUUCCUUUUCCCUGAAGACCAUUUAUCUCAAUCCUUUCAAUUUUUUCGGACCUCUGAAAAAUGAGAAACGUUGUCUGCAGCAGAGCAUGAUGAGUCCUAGUAUGGACAGAUGAUGACGUGCAAUCGAAAAGCAACAAGAAUAUGAGUACUUUCUCACUUCUGUGCGUAAUAAUCGGGUGCAUCUUCCUCGCCAUCAUCCUCCUCUGUUACAUUCGUCACUUGUUCGUGUUUGGCGUGAACUUCCCCUGUUCAGAUUUGAAGACAGACUACUUCGGCAGACCAUAUCCAGAUGCUGCAGAUCCAGUGCCUGAUGAUGUCGAAGCACAGGAAUCCGCACGCGGUCCUUUUGAUCCAGACGAGGCUGCCAGAGGCAACAAAUACUACCCAAUUCUAACUGUAGACGAAGCUAGGCGCAGUUCAGCAACAGUAUCUACUAUAAAACAUCUUCUUCUAAAUUCGGAUCUCAAACCGAUUCCAGGAAUGAAUCGCGUUCUUGAGUCAUCAGUCGACGAAGACGAUGAGUCUGUUUCAACCAAUCGGGAGCCACAAAAACCGUAUGUCUCAUCCAAUCAGGAACGAGCUCACUCAAUUGAUGUGAAUGGAAGUACUGUCUCGCAAAAACGAGGCGAUAUUAUUCGGAAAUCGGAUAGUGCCGAUAACAACAUGAAGACAUCAGAAUCAAGCGAAUCCUCGCUCGGAUCUAUUCAAACUGCACCCCCCGAACGAAGAAUGUCGAAUAAGAGCUUGAGAAGAAUUAAUCGGCUGGGUAAGUCGCCUAAAAUUGACGGCGCAAUUUGCGAAGACGGAGAUGCUUCGAAUGUUCCAACUGAAGAUGAUACAAACCACUCGGCUGAUGUCGAGGACUCGGAAGAUGAAAAAAUGGAACGAAACUCGAGACCAAAAAUGACUGGCAAGCAAAAGAUACCCACCAUAUCAACGACGUCUUCCUCGCCCUACUUACAAGUUCCGCAAACAGGGCCGCAAUACCUCGAUCAUAAAUUCACCCGAAAUAAAUCCAAGAGUCUCCGGGAGAAUUCGGGACACAAGUCUCUCUCGUCACCGACAUGCGACGAGUCGUCAACUCGGAAACGAAUGAGUCUCGAUCGCAUUCUAUCCAGCCAAUGCCAGUACUGCAUUGCUGAAAUUAUGACCUCAAACCCUGAUUCAAAUAUCACUGAAUCUGAAAAACUAUUUACAAAUACUGAUGGAAAAGUGAUUACAAACCCAGGAAAAGCGCUGACCGUUGAUCUCAAUUCAAAUUCAGACACUUUUGAUGUUCCGCGCGAGAAAACUUGCGGUGUUCCUCGCGGAAAAAGUUGUGGUGCUGCGCGCAGAAACUCAAAAUCACCUCAUUUUUCUCAAUUUUGCACUGAAGGCGAAAAUCUUUGCCAACUAUGUGUUACAGAAAGUAGUCAUAAAUUCGUAAAUAGAGAAACAUCGGCAAGUUCAGGUUGCAGAUCUAAGCCACUUUCGCCGAGCGAUGGCAAACAAAUAUUCAAAAAUACAUUUUUCUACCAGGGAACUCCGGUUAAUAAAUAUCACAGUAAAGAUUUUACGAGUUUUAAAUUCAAUGCAAGCCAAAACUCUGGUAAAAAUACUAUGGAACGAAGCAACAGCACCAGAUUAUACGAAUCGCGGAAUAAUCAAGUUAGUUAUCAAGUUGCCGAAAAACGAAGAUCAACUACCCAUCUUCGGAACCCUAGAAAGUCGCCCUCGAAUAGUUUACGUGACGAGCAGGUUCAAGAAGCAGAAGACUUUGCGAAUAAUCAUCAAUUGAAGCCGACAAGUAAUGUUCGUCGCACAAGAAGCACACGAGAACGAAGACGUUCUCGUCAUUUAACUCCGAGCGAUGAUCGUCAGGUCUCACCAGGAUCACCGCGAGGAGGUAGUUUCCGAGAACGACGAACGAGUAGCAGUCGGAAGAAAUUGAGUCCGAGACUGACUAGUUUCGAAGAUUUCCAGAACUUUAGCUUGCUAAUGGCCGGUCACAAAGUUGAAAUUCCAGCUUGGAAAAAGCAUGAAAAAACAAUGCAAGCUUUUUACAGUAAUAGUCACGAUGCCGAUAUAUCGUCGUAGCUCAUAGAUCUAGCGAGUUAUUAGUGAAACCGGUCGUUUUAACUUCUUUUAAG